UUGUCAGGUUAUGUCAGUUUCCCGCCAUAUCAACCUUCAUUUUAUCUUUGCAUCGUGCAUUUUACCGGUAAAAGGCUGCGUUUUAAUUUAAAGCUUUUAAAUAGUGUUAUUAGUCGCGGUUGUGUAGCAAAAAUGCCCCCAAAACGAAAAGCAGCAGUAGUAACAGUGGAAAAAGUUGAGGAAAUUGAUGGCAGUGGCGAUGCCAAAAAAACAAAAACAACUAAACGGGGCGCAGUUGCAGAACCGGCUAAAACAUCAAGAGCAACCAAAAAAACUGUUAGCCAUGAUGAGCCAGAGGAAAUGCCAAUAAAGGAUGUAAAAGAAAAGGUGGCUAAGGACACAAAAAAAACUAAAAAGGCUGACAAACCAAAAGAAACAACUGAUGAAACGAGUAAAACUGAUGAUAAAGAUAUAAAAAAAACCAAAAAGGCUGCAGAACCAGAGGAAGCAAGUGAAGAGGCAACAAAUAAAACUAAUGCCAAAGACACAAAAAAAAACAAAAAGGCUGCUGAACCAAAAGAAAAAAAAGAACCAGUUAAAACUUCAUCAAGGGCCACCAAAAAACCUGUUAGCUAUAAUGAGGCAGAGGAAAAGCCAAAAAAGGUUGUAAAGGAAAAGGUGGCUAAGGUAGACAAAAAAAUUAAAAAUGCUGCCGAACCGAAAGAAGCAAGUGAUGAGUUAAAAAAUAAAACUGAAACUCACUGGGAUGAAGUCAAAUUUACAACUAAUAAAAAAAAUAAUAAAGGUGAAAGCGCCAACUUGACCAUAACCACGUGGAACGUGGACGGUUUAAGGGCGUGGCUGAAAAAGGGCGGGCUGUCGAUCCUGGACGCCUGCAAGCCGGACAUCCUGUGCCUGCAGGAGACGAAGGUCGGCGACGACAAGCUUCCGGAAGAGGUGAAAAACGUGGCCGGCUACCAUACGCACUGGUGCGCGAGCCAGAAGACCGGCUACGCGGGCGUGGGGCUGCUCACGCGCGAAAAGCCGAUCUCCUGCUGCUACGGCAUCGGAGACGAGGAGCAGGACGAGGACGGCCGCUGCAUCAUCGCCGAGUUCGAGGGGUUCUACGUCGUCGCCGUCUACGUCCCCAAUGCCGGUCGCAAGCUGGUGACGCUGCCCCGAAGGCUCGAGUGGAACGAGGCGUUCAAGUCGCGAGUCCUCGAGCUGAACAAGAAGAAGCCGGUUAUCGUGUGCGGGGACAUGAACGUGGCGCACCAGGAGGUGGACCUUGCUAAUCCGAAGACUAACAAGAAGAACGCGGGGUUCACGCAGGAGGAGCGAGACGGGAUGACGGACUUGUUGGCCGGGGGUUACGUGGACGUCCACAGAAGUUUGUACCCCGACCAGAGGGACGUCUACACCUUCUGGACUUACUUGAGCAAUUCCAGGGCUAAGAAUGUCGGAUGGCGUCUUGACUAUUUUCUAGUCCAUGAAAGUCUUAUGGAUAAUGUUUGUGACAUCAUAACACACAAAAACGUCUUUGGGUCUGACCAUUGUCCACUUACACUAUUUAUUAAUAUUUAGGUUUUAUUCGUUUGUGUUCAGUUAAUUUUACUAUUUUGUUUUUAUUUAUUUUGUUAACGUUUUACUAUAAUGGCUAAAAUCUACAAAGAUCACAAGAUUCCAUGGUAGUAUGAAAAUGUAUUAAUAAACACUUAUUAUAAUAAUUUUCCCAAAUUGUUAUUUGGUUAUUAUAGUUUUAAGCUACAAAAAAAGGUUUCUGUUCUAAAAUUUUAGUUCUAGGUUAAUAAUGUAACAAUAUUUAACACUUUUAUAAAAGUUUUUUGUUUAAUAAUUAUUAUAACUUAUGUUUGUGUCCCAAAGAAAUUUAGUUGUUAUGCACGACCAAAUAUUUUUGUUAUUUUAAAUCCGAAAUAAAUAAGUUUUACCUA